AUUGAGUUGAAACUAAAUGCGGUUUUUUCAGCCAGGGAGCUUCUAAAAGCCAGAGGAUACGUUUGCAAACAUUUUUCACAUGCUUCACUCGGAGAAAGCACCUGUCUUGUCAUGUCAAAUGAUAACAGUCUGAGGUGUUAACGUGUAGCUACCUUCUAACAUAAGUUUUUUUAGCUGUCGGGUGUACCGGGGAAAAUCUAACCUAGAUAUAUGGUAUACCAUAAUAUCGGUAGGUAACAUUACACGUGAGGACGCCUCAUCCGAAAGAGGUUGACAGCUGACAGUGACAACUUGCGUCGCUGAUCACAGAACAAAAGUGGAACUUCGCCUGUGGAAUGGAACUCUACAGAAAGACUCGUGUCUGUUUGGAACAUAUUUAAUUGCAGAUAUUCUCGUAUGCUAAUGCACAAUCGACGUUAUGCAAGAAGUUCCAUCAACACAGCGCUUGCCUUCUCAGUCAAAGCUUUACAAGAGGAGCUUUCGCGUAAAGUAGCCGCAUAGCAAGCUGCUUAUCAUUGAAGUACAACAUCCCAAACGAGUGUAGCUAGCCAAAGCUAUGGCAAUUGUUUUUAUGCGGGUCUGUGAGAGGUUAAAUUGAAUUCGGUCAUCGAACAAUAUCGCCCAUGUAACACUAUAGCUUUACACAUUACACACCCAUUGGCGUAUCUAGGUAAUAACUAAACUAGCGUGUUAGUUGGCCAAGUUUGACGGCUCGUGCUUUCAACAUUGUUCAAUGACUGAUGAAUGGAGUUAACGUCCAGGCUUCCAGUCCGCGAUCGGUGUUUCCACGAGUCGAGUCAACAAGUCAGUAGCUAGCUCGCUUCAGUAAUCUUGUGACAUUGAAUCUAACGUUACGCACACAACUGCCACCCUUAGUAAACCACGUUUGGAUAUAUUGCACAUUUGGACUCGAAUUCCCUGGACAUAUUACUGUACUAGCUCUUGCUGGUUGCCGCGACAUAGCUGGCAUCGGGGAUAUUUUCUGAGGACUCGGGCAAAGCUACAGUACUUCAACUGCCAACUGGAGGCUGUCAGUGUCAAUAACACACUGCACUGACUAUGUUGACAUACUAGGUUAGCAGUCCAGUAGCGAUGUUUGUGUUUUUGUCCAGACAUUCACAAAACUCGGCGGAGGAGCAACAUUUGUAGCUUUGUGAUUUCCUCGAAAUCAAAGGAUUACAUUUGGAUGGAAAAUGGUAGCUGCUACCAAGCUGGCGUUCGCCGUUUUCCUCGUCUCGUGUUCCUCAGGCGCCAUCCUGGGGCGCUCUGAGACCCAGGAGUGCGUCUACUUCAACUCCAGCUGGGAGAAGGAGCGGACCAACCGCAGCGGCAUAGAGCCAUGCUACGGUGAGAAGGACAAGAGGCUCCACUGCUUCGCCACCUGGAUGAACGUCUCCGGCUCCGUGGAGAUCCUCAAGCAGGGCUGCUGGCUGGAUGACGUCAACUGCUACGACAGCAGCGAGUGUGUGGAGAGGAAGGGCAACCCGGAUGUGUUUUUCUGCUGCUGUGAAGGGAACAUGUGCAAUGAGAAGUUCCUCUACAGCCCCGACACUCAGACGGUGCAGAGUAAGUUCCUCUACAGCCCCGACACUCAGACGGUGCAGACAACCUCCAACCCGUAUACCCCGAAGCCUCAGCUGUUUAACACCCUCCUCUACUCUCUGGUGCCCAUCAUGGCGAUCACAGCCAUCAUUCUUCUCUCCUUCUGGAUGUACCGCCAUCACAAGCUGGCGUACCCACCCGUCCUGGUGCCCACCCAGGACCCAGGGACCACCCCGCCCUCCCCCGUCCUGGGACAGAAGCCCCUGCAGCUGAUCGAGAUCAAAGCCAGGGGGCGCUUCGGCUGCGUGUGGAAGGCCCAGCUGCUCAACGACCACGUGGCCGUCAAGAUCUUCCCCGUUCAGGACAAGCUGUCGUGGCAGAACGAGUAUGAGAUCUACACCCUGAGCGGCAUGAAACAGGAGAACCUGCUGCACUUCAUCGGCGUGGAGAAGAGGGGCAACCACAUGGACAUGGAGCUAUGGCUCAUCACGGCCUACCAUGACAAGGGCUCGCUGACUGAUUAUUUGAAGGCCAACGUGGUGUCCUGGAACGAGCUGUGCCACAUCGCCCAGACCUUGGCGCGGGGCCUGGCCUAUCUCCACGAGGACAUCCCCGGUCUGAAGGACGGACACAAGCCAGCCAUAGCGCACAGGGACAUGAAGAGCAAGAACGUGCUGCUGAAGACCAACCUGACGGCCUGCAUAGCAGACUUCGGCCUGGCCCUCAAGUUUGAGGCGGGGAAAUCUGCCGGAGACACCCACGGGCAGGUGGGGACUAGGCGCUACAUGGCUCCUGAGGUGCUGGAGGGGGCCAUCAACUUCCAGAGGGACUCCUUCCUCAGGAUAGACAUGUAUGCCAUGGGCCUGGUGCUCUGGGAGCUGGCGGCACGCUGCACGGCCGCAGACGGCCCGGUGGACGAGUACAUGCUGCCCUUCGAGGAGGAGGUGGGCCAGCACCCGUCCCUGGAGGACAUGCAGGACGUGGUGGUCCACAAGAAGCUGCGGCCCGUCCUCCGAGAGUGCUGGCAGAAACACGCGGGCCUGUCCUUGCUGUGCGAGACCAUCGAGGAGUGCUGGGAUCACGAGGCGGAGGCCCGCCUCUCGGCCGGCUGCGUGGAGGAGCGCGUCAUCCAGGUGCAGCGGCAGACCAACGUCAUCGCCCCGGAGGAGAUCGUCACGGUGGUCACCAUGGUCACCAACGUGGACCUCCCGCCCAAAGAGUCCAGCUUAUGAUUGGCUGCGUCAGACACUGUCUCUCCCACUCCCCCCUCCCGCUAAAAAGAAAAACUAAACGGACGUGACUGUGGCUAACCCUGGUUGGUAAGCCGCCACCAGCCGCAGACUGGCGUGGCGUGGUGUGUUUUAGUGCGGGCCACUACUCUCAUUCAGGAAGACCCGGGCCCUCCCACACUAGUUUCUAUUGACGUUGUAGUAACAUGUGUGCCUGGAGAUCCACUGAUGGACUCUUCUGAGACCCACCCUAAGCCAGGUCCCUCAACAGACACACAGCAGCUGUGCUGGGCAAAAGGAUGCGGUCAUUCAAAUCAAACUUUUGUCAGGUAUUUUUCUUCAUAUUUAUAUUAUAUAUGUAUAUAUAUGGAUAGAUCCAUAUCUAUAUAUGUGUAUAUAUAUAUAUAAAUAUAAUAUGAGACGGACUGGAUCUUGUUUUUAUAUGAAAAGAAGAGAAUAAAUCUCCCAGCUCAGUUCAUUUCAGUAUAAAAAGGGCAACUUGUUUUCAACACAAUUGUUUGUGUUUAUAUGACUUACUAAUUUAAUGCCAAUAAGAAACAGCUUCUGAAUGUUUAGUGUAAUGCUGCUGUACAUAUAUCAACAGAAAAACAUGGUAUCAAGUUGGGGUUCUUUUUUUUAGUUUGUAGGUUUUUUUUUUGGAGGGGGGGGGGGGGGCGGGGGUGUACAUUUAGAAGCAUUACUACUAUGAAAACCAUGAACCUCCCUUAACAAGGUAUACCUCAGUUUCACAUCUGCUCUCGUUAACGCAAACAAUCCACAUUACUAUUCAGAUGAUUUUGGUUUGGUAUAGAACUUUGUCAAGGGAUCUGACUCAUGGCACUCCCACUUGCAGCAUUUCUGAAGACGUAUGCCAAGAGAAAUAUGGCCAUACAUACACACCAGUGUUUCUGCCUUUUAUUGCUGAUUUCUCCUUUUUAACUUUCUCUUCCUUUGCACUUGGUUUUAGAAUUUUCUUUCUUUUUUUACACUGUUAGCCCCUUACCAGUGAUAUUAUUUGAAAGUAUUUAUUUAAAAAGCACUUACCUAUUAUGAUUUGCUGUGUCUACAGAGUAGUCCAUCUAAUGAUGUGAGCAUGCCUUUUUCAGUUAUCGUUUUGGUAUACGUAUCCUCUUGUAUGAGCUGUGACACCUGUACAUUUAGCUGCGCUUCGAUCCAUACGGUCACAUGGUAAGACAUCUGUAUUCUGUUCUGGGUGGUUUCACUUGGCCUGUGCAAGGUCUGUUGUGAUGUCUCUUGAGACGCACCUCAGGAAGCUUUCAUCUAUCCAGUGGCCUCUCCCCUGCUUUCCAGGUGGGGGGGCCUCUCUCUCUCACACUCAUGCCAAGUGCCAUUCCUAUGCCACAUUACUGCAAUGGAUACUGGGCGACGGGACGUUCGAAAGUCCCCGUGGGGUUUAUUUGUGAAUGUGUUCCAUUAUAGGCUUGAGCGGCUCAGUUUUUCGUCUGAGUAGCAUUGACACUGGUGCGGUCACAUUUGAAAUCUCACCUCACACUUUGUCUUUUAACAGAUACCACAACAAUGUUCAGGGAUCCAACAAUACUAUGCUUUUCUAAGUUACAGUAGUUUGAACCUGUAUAUGCAACAAGUGCAGGUGCAGUGUGUAUACUUCGGCACUGCUGCAGGUGCAAAAUUGUCACCGAUCUGUAGCAUUUUUAUUAAAACAUUGACCUUGUCAUGAUCUUAGGGGAAUGGAGGGCAGGUGCCAAUUCAAAUAAUACACAACGAUUCCUUUACCUCACUGGAUGACAGUGCGAGGCAAGAUCUUACUGAAUGUGUUAGGAAGACGUGCUUAUCGGAUGAGAUGGCGGAUGGAAGGUAAUGAGAAUAACCAUGCAGAUUGGAACACUGUAG